AUGGAGGUCGAGCGCAUUACCUCAUACGACACCGCAUCGGGUGAACCGGCAGAUGCACUGGAUUCAGAACAUUGUUCCAAAGACCAACUGUUCGAGUCAAAGUACUUCACGCGCGAGGACUUUGCCCCUUUCACCCUGCCGUACGGGACCCUUUGCGGCAGUGAUGGAGGAAACACGGAAAAUAGAGACACGUCUUCAGAAGGAAGCGCUGACCCGAAAGCAUGGGCAGCCAGUGUGUUCCAGGACUGCAUUUCCUUCAUACGAGGCAACCACGAGUCAAACGAGACCUUCGAGUGGUACCAUGACUUCAUCGCCUUCACGAACCUGCAGGCGGCCGUGUACUCCGACCGCGAACUGCUGAAAGAUGGAGAAGAUCUUUAUUUGAUCUUGGACUACACGAACAAACAUGUGCGGAAUCUGCGUUCUUCAGUAGCUAAAAACGCCUUGUUUUUUGUCGGCUGCAUCAUAGAGGCGACCGAACACGACUCCACCCUGUUCGUGGCGGUAGCACUCAGGCUCUUGCCUCAUCUCUUCAAGUGCAGCACCUCGGAGAAGAUUGUAUAUCGCAAGCCAGCCAUACACAACAUCGUUUCGAUCUGCCAGCGUUGCCGCAGUAGCGAGAGUAUCGCCAUUGCAUGGAUGCUGAUGGACCAUGCCCGCGACCGCAGCCCAAAGAUUUGCGCAGCAGCUACCAUUGCCAUGCAAACAUUCUUCGACAAUUUCGACACGGAUAUGCUCGUGACACUCGAUCUGGAGGAUGUUGCCGAACACUUUGAACCAUGCCUGGGUGGGCGCAACGCCGCGCUAAAGAAGCUCUGCUCAGGUCUCGUAAUCAAGAUAGCCGAGAGACUUCCUACGGACACUCUGCACGCCUGGGUGGAAUCUGCUGCUUCCAAGCCAAAUUUGAAGAAGCUGCUCAAACCAUACGUACCCAGCCCCGUACUGAGCGAACCAUCGGUGGACGAACCCAACGACCAAACGGCGAUCAGUGCGUCCAGCGAAAUGUUGACAAACAACGUGGUGAGUGUUGAAGUGAAGGAAGUCUCGUCACUACCCGAGGAGAAAGGGGAAGUCGAAACGACUUGCCCAGCGGCAACAGAAACAAACGACGAGCCAAAUACGGCUGAAACAACUGAGGACCCGGCAACGGAAGAAAAUGAAGGUGAACACGAUAGCGCACAGUCGCCGGCAUAG